AUGGCUUCCACUGCCAGAGGGCGGGGAUGGAUGGGAUAUUGGGAAAGAAUUGUUCCCUGGGAGGGUGGGCAGGCCCUGGCACAGGGUGCCCAGAGCAGCUGUGGCUGCCCCUGGAUCCCUGGCAAUGCCCAAGGCCAGGCUGGACAGGGCUUGGAGCAGCCUGAGGCCGCCAUGGCAGCGCGGGCGGGGCUGUGGGGGCGGUCACGGGGGGCGGGGCCGGGCUGUGGCGGGGAGCGCGGGCAGUGCCGGGGCCGCGGGUCCUGCGGCUGCCCUUCCCUGCCGGGGCCGCUGUCCGUACCGUGCCCGCCUUUCCCUCCCCUGUCCGCCCUUCCCUGCCGGGGCCGCUGUCCGUACUGUGCCUGCCUUUCCCUCCCCUGUCCGCCCUUCUCUGCCGGGGCCGCUGUCCGUACCGUGCCCGUCUUUCCCUCCCCUGUCCGCCCUUCCCUCCCGGUGCCGCUGUCCGCACCGUGCCCCUCUUUCCCAUUAGUGCCGCUCCCCCCGCCCUGUUCCCCCUUUCCCCCCCGGUGCCGCCAUGCCGGACCCAACUUGCGGGACUCUGCUCGACUACAAGACUGCCAAGUACUCGCUGACUCGGAACCGGCGGGUGGGGCUGCUGCACCGGCUGCUGCAGCUGAGCGCGCUUGGCUACCUGCUGGGGUAGGGACCCUGCCCUCGCGGUGGCCGGUCCCUGCUGAGGUAGGGACGUACCGCCAGCCCUCGGGCCCGGCCAGAGGUCCCUCAGAGCCCCCCGCCCCUCCGCAGGUGGGUGCUGCUGCUGCGGAAGGGGUACCAGGAGCGCGACGCGGCCCCGCGUGUUGCCGUCGUCACCAAGGUGAAGGGGGCGGCAGCCGCCGAGGCUGCGGGCCGGCGGCUCUGGGACGCUGCGGAUCUCACCUGGCCCCCGCAGGGAGAAAAUGUGCUUUUCCUGGCGACCCAUUUCAUUGCCACAAUCCAGCAAGCCCAAGGCACCUGCCCCGAGGGAUAAAAACUGGGAAAUGUUUGAUGUUCAAUGCCACCCAUUCCACCUGUGAGAUCUAUGGCUGGUGCCCUGUGGAGAAUGGCACCCUGCCCAGGAAACCUCUUCUGGCUGAAGCAGAGAAUUUCACUAUUUUUAUAAAAAAUACUGUCCACUUCACCAAAUUUAACUUUUCCAAGUGCAACACUUUACAAACCACUGACCCCAGCUAUUUCAAGAGCUGCACAUAUGACCCGGUCUUCAACCCCUCCUGCCCUGUGUUCCGUGUCCGUGACAUGGUGGAGGCAGCUGGAGAGAACUUUGGAGACCUUGCACUGCUGGGGGGAAGCAUCAGAGUUCUUAUCGAGUGGAACUGUGACCUGGACCACUCCACUACCCAGUGCCAGCCACAGUAUUCCUUCAGCCUGCAGGACACAAAGUACAAUUUCAGAACUGCCUCCUACUACUGGGGCUCGCAGCGGCAGCUCUACCGGAACCUGCUGAAGUUCUAUGGGAUCCGCUUCGACCUCUCUGUGCACGGCCAGGCUGGGAAGUUCAGCAUUGUUCCUACUGCCGUGAGCUUCGGCACCAGCAUCGCCUUCUUUGGUGCUGCUACAAUGGUCUGUGACCUGGUUCUGCUCUAUCUGGAUGCAAAGGCUGACCUUUAUUGGAAGGAGAAGUUUGAGGAGGCAAGGCCCCCUAAAGGUAAGCCUGAGGCUUCAGCUUAAGGACAUCAGGAAUGCUCUACCACAAACACCCUUCCCUCCACAGCCACCUCCAAGCAGAUAUGAUGGGGACACAGCUGCAGCCUAAGUGGAAGUGUGUCAGUCCUGGCCCAGGUGGGCACUAUGGGGUUAGGGUCUGCCUUUCCUGGAGAAGCCCUGGCAGCAGCAGUUCUUGGCUCUGGAGCACAAAGCCAUCCCAGGGGCAGCUCCCAGUACUGACAGCUAGUGCCGGAGCAGAGCUGCUUGCAGAGCUGCCCCAGAAGCAGAGCAUGCUGGGGAGGAGCUGGUCCUGCUUGACACAAGAGGCUUAAAGCAUUUUGCAUUUCUCCACAUUCCAAUGACCACGGGCCUCGAUUUCCCUUGAAAAACAGGGAUGCAAUAGAAUAAAGCUGUUCUGGAAGUAG